AUGCCUGACCGACCGUCUUACGUGAAGGUGCUCAUUGCAUUUGAUCCUCCAAUGGUCCCACCACGAAUAACAGCUCCACGACGAGCUGGAUCCGUAGAAAGUGAAAAGGUGCUCUCUCAAUGCAAUGCAUGGGCCAAAGCAUGUAGUGCAAUGUAUGAAUCUCGUCGUUACACAGCUCUCGUGACCGAUAUCAAUGGCAAAGCAAUACUGGCCUGUAGGUUCCUCGGUCCUGUCAAUCCACCGUCUUCAGUACCUCAUCCAAGCUCAAGUCCGAUGCACACUAUUGAAGUUGCAGCUCGACUAGUUAGUAUGGUACCGUUUGUCGUCGAUCCAGUGCUCUUCCCUGGUGCUGUAGACCUUUGGACUACAACAGAAAAGUUUCUAUCGCUUGGUUGUGGUGAUGAAGAAGAACAUGCGACGUUACUCUGCUGUUGGCUGCUUUCGUUUGGAAUACCUUGCUGCUUAGUGCUCGGCUUCGCAUUACCCGAAGGAGCACAAGCUGCAUAUGUUUUUGUAAAUUUGUCGGAUGGUAUAUAUUUUGUAAAUCCAUGCGAUGGAUCUAUUUAUUCAUCAACGGAUGCUAUGUGUCCAUUGACUUCUGUUGGUACAAUUAUCACGCCGAAAAAUCUCUACGGAAAUAUUCAAUCCAGUGCUCAUCCCAGUCAACUGCAGUUUGAUCUCAGUAAAUCUAGUGAUUGGAGGCCGUUGUUUGACAGAGAAAUGGAUGAGAUCCAAACUAUACAGUCACCAUCCAUUCCCUACUCCCAGGUGUCGGAAGAUGCCCUCAUUGAGCUUAGGUCCUCGAUCGAACGUGAGAUUAAACUACGUUUUGAUGAAGCUCGACAAUACGGUAUUCCACAGUGGAAUCUCAUGGCGUCCAGGUUGCUACGCGAAAUUCUGCAAGAGAACCAACGUUCGGUUGAUGAUCGUCUUGCACGAUUACGAGAAUCCUAUGCGGUGACGCUUUGUACCGUCACGAUACCGUACCGUAACAUAAAGCAUCUUAACAGUGAUGGUGGUGAUGAUGAUGGUGACCGUGGUGAUGGCCAUGAUGGUGAUGAUGAAAUAGAUCAUGGAACAAACCAUGGUGGUGAUGGUGGUGGUGUCCAUGAUGAUGAUUAUCUAUGA